CCGAGCUGCUCGUCCACAGGGUCUCUGCGCGCGGACUGAGGGAUGUACCCUUACUCUUCUAUAAAAUAGAUUUUUUUUUUCUCCAAAAGUCUAAAGUCCUAUAUACACAAUAUUUUAGGAGUGUAAGACGUUCUUUAUGGAAUCAACUGUUAGGACGGAUUCCUGCCUGGAAUGUUUCGGUUCACAAAAUGCGUCGUUUUGUGUAUCUUUUACUGUUUAUUUUCGCUCCAGGUAAUGCAUCGUUGAGCUUGAGUUCAGACUGUGGUGGUAAAAUUAAUGUUCUUCGAAAGAGGAGCGGCUCUAUCAGGUACUCUUUACCCAGUAAACUACACCCCACCAGAUCAACAUUAAACAAUAUUACCCAAAAGUGCAUGAAUAAACUUCUGGAUGUUACUUCCACUUGGAUUAUUGAUGCGCAUGAAAAUCAGACAGUGUGGAUAGAUGUAAUUUCUGUUGGUUAUGGCGCUUGUCUUGGGAUUACAUUUGGGAAUGAGGAUAAACUGACCUAUGAAAAAGAGGAGCGUGUGCUGUUCUCUGGAACUGGGAGAACCAUCAUUGAAUGGAACUUAAGAAGGACUAUGAAAACUUCAGGUGCAUUACAUCUGAGAUGGAACACGUCAGAGGACAGCCAUGUUCUUGCUUUAAGGCCUUCCACACACUCUGACACUGACUCAGUGUCUCCUUUUCCCAGUGGCUCAAACAGUGUGACAUUCACCCCAGACAUUCCCAGCCCAGGCAAUGUGGCCCCCAUAACAUAUACUCUCAGGGGCGAGAGUGUAUGGCAGGGCGAAGGAGUGUCUGACCUUGCAGAUAAGAGCAGAUCUCACUUUCCACAGGAAAACACAAACAAUGGACAGGAAACAGCUGGAGCCUGGAUCUCUGACCUCAUACACACUGGCACACAUUCUUAUUCUGAUACACACAUUGGGGCAGAUACAAACCCUGCCCCUAAAACACACAUAAACACAUUUACUGCGUUGUCCUACAAAACUUCUUUGGCUCUAUCUUUCACUGAAAUACAGUCAUCAUUGCUGUCCUUACACACUACACCCAGCCAGGCAACUGAUAUUACUGGAAAAACAAGCACAGUGUUAGACACAAGCGAUGUGACACACAUUGAGUUACAUACAGGAAGUUCAGAGCACACAGAUUCUCACACAUUUACUAAAACUCAGUCUAGCACAGUUAGGGGUAAAAGAGGUGAUCCACAAAGUUCAAUGUUUCCAACAGCCAGGUUCCCUUCUAUCAGGCCAGGUAAUAGAGACACAAAUCAAGGCCCAUUGAGCAAAACCUCUAAACAGACAGACUUCCUCAGUGACAUUCCUAACAAAGAUCAGCAUGAGGUUACCACAGUGAUGGUCCCUAACAUGUUUAGAAUAAUAGAGAGGAUUGAAAAGAGUCUGUUCCAUCAGAAUACUCUUGGAAUCACCCAUGACAACCGACCUAUAGCGUCAGAAAUGGACAGAACGGAUCACUUUCCAAGGUCAGCUCAUCCAAAUCGAAACAUUAAUAAUCAAACACACUCAACGAUCUACAGUGAUUCAGAAAUGGUUAGUAGCACACCUGCUGCGGUUUCAGAGUUACCAGACGUUAAUCAAACCAACCCAAUAAUGUUUUCAGAUAACGAUGCGACUGUAUACUCUGGUUACUCCAAGUCUUUUGAUUCUACAAGUGGAAAAACUGAAAUUCCAAUAAAUGUUACCAUCCUCUCUGCAACUGAGAAAGACCCAACAACCUCAGAUCGGACCCCUGCUGAGAGUACAAGUACACCAGAGGGAGAUACAAAACCAUCUCUUUUUAGAAGUGGUUGUGGCAACCGUACAUGCACCUCAUAUUUACCUUCUACAGAGAGACAAGAUGAAGAAAGACAGGAAAGCCCCAUAACAACGCCUCCAUCAAUCCCUUCAUCCAGUUCUACUAAUCCUCAGAUUAAUCCCAACGUGACCACUGAUAUCAUGUUUGAAGGUAUCUUUGCAGUAAGAUUAAAAAACUACACAGAGGAUGAGGAACUUGAGAUGUCAUCAUCAGAGGUCCAUACCUAUAGUCCAACAAACUCACCACCACUAACUGUAGAAUCACCAAUGCACUCACUUGCCCCUCAGUAUUCACCGACACCUUCUGAAAACACUCAGAGUGAUUUCAGAUUUUCUACUGUUAUUAUUGACCAAGCAAGUAGUGGACAAACUGUGGAUGUAAGUAACUCCAGUCCUACUUCCAGUAGCGUGACUACUUUCAGUAGUUUCAAGACAACUCUUGGUUUGGCUCCAUUUAAUGACAUUCAUACUGGUUCAAUGGAAAACACUGAAAGCUUUACCUCUCAGACUACAGGGACUGCUGUGACACUGAGUCCAUCAUCUGCUGACAUCACAUCUAACUACAUCUCUAACAGAUCUGCAGUCAGGGUGUCUGAUAAUGCUGUUCAACCCACCUCACAUGUUAGCAUGACCACUUCACAUUGGGACACCAGGCAAACUACUUCACAACCCACAAUGUCUCCACAUGCUACAUCUACAGAAAAUCCUAGAGUGCGUCUCCGUACGCACACUCCACUGCCACAACCUAACACCAUCAGACCUUCAAAACAUACAACCACAAGCUCCUAUCUUACUCAAACAAUGUUAUCACAUACAGUGUCCACACACUCAAUCACUCAGACACAAUCUUGGAUCCAGUCUACUGCAUCCAGCUCUGAUAGGCUAUGGCCACACAGGAGGCAAUUUUUCAUAGUGGAGGAUCAACCAGCAAUCAUCAAGGAUAAAACAUUUCAAGUACUCUUACAAGUCAUCCUGGAAGAAAACUUUGCUCCUAGUAUGAGGCUCCUUGAGAUGGAGUCAUUUCUUCAGAGGGUUGCUGGGUACCAGAGUCAACAUGUGACCUGGCACAGAGGUCCAGUUCUUCAAACAGUAGUUAGAUUCGAGACAGUGGAGGCGCUUGCCUGGCUUGGGAAGAUGGAGUCUCUGUUACACGGGGCAGGAUUAAAUCCACUGCCAAAAAAAGGAUUAUUUGUUGGUGGAGUCAGAGUAAAAAAUAUUACAGUAGGAGGUUUUCAUUCAGAUGUUUGUGAUUGGCUGUUUGAAUGCCCAUCUGGCUUUCAGUGUUUUUCUUCAAAGGGUAAUGUCACCUGUAGGUCUGUGUGCUACUCUGACUACUGUAAACAUCAGGGCAUCUGUGUCCAUCGCCACGGGCAACAGCCUGUCUGUCAGUGUCCUGUUGGGGAGGAUUAUUGGUUUAUGGGUCAACGCUGUGACUUGCGCAUGACCCGGCCACGUUUGGUGGGUGUGUGCUUUGGGGUAUUGAUCGCUGUAGCUGCAGUUAUGGCCCUCCUGUCUUAUCUUGCAGUGCGCCGUUUUAAAACCAUGCUUAUGCAAGCCAAAGUGGAGCAAACACGUAGCAGUUAUCACCGAUUCAAUCACUUUGAUGAGCUUUCAGCUCGUUUUUGGGGAAAGUCAUGGCCGGGCUCAGAGGACUCUUUAGAUAAACCCGUCUUCACCCACACAGAUGAAUUACUACACCUAAGAGCGCUUGACCGUACGUGCUGUUACCAUGAUGACACUCUUUCUGUUGUCUCCACAUACCAUGGUAGUGGAACACACCUCAACACUGUAUAUCCUCACAGUUCUGAGUAUGGUUGGGAUCUCAGCAACUGCAGUUUGGCGGAUUGUGUGGUGGACUCUGGGAAGGCUAGUGACCUGUCUGUCUGUAGCUGGCCGAUUGAGCCAAUUCAGUGGACACCCUUCCCUUUACUGCAGCAGCUCAACAGAAAUACUAACACGGUGAAAGCCUCUCGUCCUCAUUCUUACUGUGAAGGCAUGGAGCUGGUAGAUUUAGAGAAGAGCCGGACAGCUUAAUGAAGUCUUAACAAAAAUGUCUUAAUAAAUUGUUGGAGAAUCCCCAUUGCUGUUCCACACUGAUGAUUUAUACAGAAUGACCUUGAUAAAAUCAUCAUUUAAUUGGAAAAAAUAUUUUUGCUGAAUUUGCUUUCAGUGUACUGUAAAUGGACAACAUUGUACAUGCUAAUAAAUGUGUAAAAUAGUAAUAUUACUCUUAGGGGUAAUUGUCAGUGUUAUGGCAAUAAUAUUUUUUUACUUGUUGGUGAUAAAUUGACAUCUUGGGCAUCUGUAAAGCAAAAAGUUCAAGAUUUUAAAAAAUAUUUUUCAAAUAUGUGUGUCAACAACUUCUUGUUGUUGUAUGUAUUCUUCAUUCAUGUUUUUCAUA